AUGAAUAUCGAAUCCUUGGAGGAUGCCCGUAUAAGUGCCAUAGCACAACGCCGGUCUUCAACGUCUAGUGGCUCGCCAGGCGUUCAGCUCCAAGGCUCGGAAUAUGGGUUCAAGAACAGAUACCCUAAUAUUUUACCCUAUGAACAUUCAAGAGUUAAACUGGUUCCAUCUCCUUUGACAUCAAAGUUUGGAGAUGACUACUUCAAUGCCAAUUUUUUGAGUGUACCACAGAUCAACGAUGCUGUGAACUAUAUUGCCACACAGGCACCAUUACCUUCAACGAUAAAAGAUUUUUGGAAAGUUGUUUGGCAUAACAAAACUGAAGUCAUCGUCUCUCUGACGAGCUUGGCUGAAAAUGGGAUGAAGAAGAGUGAUGUCUAUUGGCAAAACUCGAAACGUAUUGAACUGGUAUCGGAAGAGGAUAAUUACAUGGGCUUUAAGGCAUUGACCUUAAGAAGGAUCAAAUUAACGAACCAUGGAGAUUCACGUAUGAUUAGUCAACUACACUUCACAGCUUGGCCUGAUUUUGGAGCCGUCAAUUUUAAAGACUUGUUAACCCUUACUGAAAUAAAGGACAGAGUUGUUCACGACAGUUCUGCUCCUAUCGUGGUGCACUGUUCCGCAGGGUGUGGAAGAACAGGUGUGUUUAUCACGGUUGACCUUAUCAUAAGUGCCUUCAAGAGGUAUGCAAAAGAAGGCCAUGAUCCGCAUAGGCUUGACGUUUGGAACAGUGAUGAGGACAUCAUCAAUUUUUGCGUACAGCAAUUGAGAAAGCAACGGAUAUCAAUGGUUCAAACUGUUGAUCAAUUUGUACUCUGUUACCAGGCAAUGCUACAGUACUGCGUUGAUACCCCCAGACCAGAGAGUGCGAAUAGAAGAAAUCCAAGUGAUCAGAUACCAUUAAACGAUUAA